AUGUUUAAUAUUACAAAAAAGAAUACGAUCAGUCUCUUGAGAGUAAUCAAUUCAUCGAUAUCAUAUUCAACACCGAUCGUAUCACGUACUGCUAGUAGUACUUUUCAAUAUUAUUCAACAAAUAGCAGCAACGACAGCAACAACAAUAGCAACAACAAUGAUACAAGUAAUAAUACAAGUACUGGUUUAGAAGGGUUUUCAUCUCCACCUCAAUAUAGAAAGAAUAGAGAGUCAACCUAUCAUCAUCAUCAACACAAAUCAUAUCAAUCAAAUAAUAAUAAUAAUAACUCUACGCAUUCAAAAUCUUCUUCAUCUUCAUCAUCACCAUCACCAUCAUCAACAUCAACAUCAACAUAUAAACCAAUAGUUGUCGAACAAAAACAACAACCAUCAUUACAACAACCAUCAUCACAACAACAACAACAAAGAAAACCUAGUACUCUUUCUUCACAUAAUACAGAUGAAAUAGGCUCUGUUAUUGAAAAUCUAGAUAACCAUUUCAUAUCAAAUCGAACAUCUGCAAUUAAUUUGAUAACACAAUACAUUGAUUCGGUUGAUGAUUUUGGUAGAACAAAUCGUAAAAUGAAGACAUUGAUUUCGUUUAUUGAUAUGAAACUCAGCAAAGAUUUACCACAUUCUAUAUUCUAUGCAUUGUUACGAUACUAUGUAAAGUCUGAUCAAUUUGACCGAUUGACUGCAUUUAUCAAAGCUGAAAAGGAUACGAAAACAAGAGCUGCAUUGGUUGAAUCGAUCAGUGUCUACAUGGUGGAUUAUGGAAAGAGAGAACAAAUUGCUAAAUAUAUUACAUUUGUAGAGACGUUGACUGGCAUGGGUCGCGAUGGUGGAGGUGGUGGUAUACAACAAUUGACAAGUGUCUAUUUGAAAUUGGAUAAUGAACAAAAAGUAGUGUCAAUGUUUACAGAGAUUAAGGAUAAUUAUUUUGCACUCUAUCUCGGUACACUACAUCAACAACAUGUCGAGUUAACUUAUGUAGUUGAGUUAAUUGUCGAUGCUAUGGGUAGUGGUCGUGGUACGACCCACCCUAAUCGACCCAGUCCACAUAUGUGGGCAAGAAUAGUAUUGGCGUAUUUACAUGCCGGCAAGAUGGACGAUGCUACAAAGAUAUACAAGGAGCAUCUCUGUCAAGAACCAGAGCAUGGACCGGUUGCAAGACAGCGGUUCCUGAGAUACGCAAUCAUCAACAAGGAUGUUGGACAAGCUCUCGAAUGGGCAGACGCCAAUUUAGUAGACAGUCCAAUACUAUACUUUCCAGCAAUGCAAAGUUUACUCGAACUCUAUUACGGCAGUCCCAAACACCAAAACGAACAACACCCAACCAUCGAGCGACUAAUCAAUACAUUGGUUGACCAAGACAAAAGAAAGAAACAUUUUGCAAAGAUUAUAUUUUAUAAUCGUGCUUUAGCAGCUGCAAACUCAACAAAUACAAAUAAUAAUAAUCAAAAUAAUAAUCAAAAUAAUGUAAAUUCAAUAAUAUCAACCAAGUUUGAAUCAUUGUUAAUGGGAGUUGGAUUAAAUGAUUUACAUCAAUACUCGUUUAUAUCGAGUGUUGUGAUUAGGUAUUGUCUACAGAUGGAUAUGUAUCACCUUGCAUUGGAAUAUUAUAUCAAGCGUUUAAAAGCUGGAUGUGCACCCAACUCGAAUAUUGUAUUUGGUUUUAUGCACUAUCAUUUGACCAACAAACAAACCAAUCUCAUUCAACAUUGGAACAAGUUAAGAGGAGAUUUUGGUAUCCCCAAAGCAUACGAAGCGAGUGCGCUGAGAGAAUGGAACUCUCAUCAAAGUAUUGUACAAGAUAUUCAAGAUAUUGAUACGUACAUUGGAGAGGAUGAUAUGAUGGCAAUAACACCAACCACCACCACCAACACUGAAAAGAAGCCUGUUGUUGGUCAAAAGACGAAAAGUAGAAUGGAACGACCUCCGUUUGGUGAAUUGGACGUUGAAUUACAACAAGCUACACAGUCGAGUGACUUUGAAAGAAUAGAGAAUGUUAUUGAAAAAUACCUGUCUAGGUGUCCUGUUACAAUGCCAGCACAUACAUUGUUACUCGAUGCAAUGUGCAAGAUUGGUGUGUCAGAGUCACAGACGUUACAUGUAUUAAAGGGGUUGCCAGACGACUGGAAAUUAGUUGUCUUUAACCCACGUACACUACAAAAUCAAUUGAUACUGUCGUUGGAAGAGACACUACGCUUUUUAGAGACAACUAAACCAGAAGUGUUUGUCUCUACCGUUCCCAUCUUUAACUGCACUAUUCAAGGACUCAUUAAAUUGGGAGAGUUGGAUCUAACGCUACGUCUACUCCGUCUCAUGCUCGACCACAACUUUACCAUGCUUUUAUCAACCGUUCAAGAAUUCUCUAAACUUUUGUUUGAUAGAGAUGUUCAAGUUGAAAACUUCCCAUUAUCAACAGUCACCGAGUUGAUCGAAUUUGUCACAAAGAUUAAACACCCAACCAUCCUUUUAGAAUGUAGUCUUAUUAGAUACCAUUUACAAAAGGGUGAUUUAAAACAAGCAUCUAAACUCUGGACAAAGAAUUUAGAAAGUGUGUCGGCAUCAUUGACAGGCAAGCAUCAUCAACAUCAACAAGAUCACAAUGAUAACGACAACAUACUAUUUUACUAUUAUAUGGGUAUAAAGAUUUGUACACAUGGUCUUACACGUGCUGAAGCUCGUCCAAUUGGUAAUAUGGAUUGGUGGGAAUCCAAACUACCGGGGAUCACCAAGAACAAGGAACUCUUCUACCUAGCACUACUCAAAGAGUUGGGAGAGUGUGGUCAUCCCAUCGGUCUAUUCAUCCGAAACCACCUGUUAGAGUGUAUCAAGAGUCACUGGAAUCUCAACACUUUCUACUCUGUCGUCUCGACCGUCCCACCCUCUCGAUACGACGCCAACCUCAUAUCACUCAUCAAGCUCCUUCAACUACCCCAAGUCAUCGACGAACAUUUUGCCAAACUCAUCAUCCACUGCAACUCUGAGAUUCAAGACGAUCAAGUCACCACACUCAUCAACAACUUUGUCAUUGUCAACCAAAAGCCACAACCCAUCACCCAAUACACCUAUGACUUUAUCGAUCAAUACUUUUUCAAUAAUAGAAUCAUUGAUAAUCGUGGUAGUAGUAAUCCUAAUGACAACAAUACCAAAGGUGAUGAUUAA